UGAAGAUUAAAUUUAUCUUCAUAUAUUUAUUGAAUCUUAUUUUAAGUUUGUGAUAAAUCUGAAAGUAUAUCUUUCAAGAUUCAAAUUGAUAAUCAUUGUCCAUGUAAGAUUGGAUAUGCUGAUUAUUUAAUUUAAGACUUAAAUGUGGAAGUAUUUUGUAAAUUUAUUAAUUCAGUCUGUCAUUCAAGAUGUCGAACUUGUUUCUAACCUGCAGAUGAAACUAUGAACUAAUAUUGUCUAACUUGUAUUCCUGGAGAAAAUCGUAUUGUAUCAGAUGAUUUCAAAUGUUAAUGCAUAGAAAAUUAUGGUGAUAAUAAUGGUACUACCAAUAUUUGUUUCACUAAAUUAUAUUAGUUAUCAUAGCUUGUGAUUAUACUUGUGGAAGAUGUUAAAAUUCUCAACCAACUGGUUGUGUAGCUUGUUUAGAAAUCUCAAAUAGAUAUUUGAC